AUGGAGAGCUCCAGGCUGCGCUUUCUGGCUCUGGGCAGCUGCUUGCUGUUAAUUGUUGCUGUGAGUGGUCAAGAGGACAGCUCCGAGCUAGAGACCAGGGCACUAAGGGACUUCUACCCGAAGGACACCCUACCCUCAAGUGAGAAGGAACUGCUCGGGGCUCUUCAAGAAGUUUUGGAGAAAUUGCAGAAUAAACGUGUGCCUUUGUGGGAGAAGAAAUUCGGUCAAGUUCCAGUGUGUGAUGUUGGAGAGCAAUGUGCAGUCAGGAAAGCAUCACGAAUUGGAAAAUUAUGUAACUGUCCAAGAGGUGCAGUCUGCAACUUCUUUCUCUUAAAAUGUCUAUAG